AUUGGCAUAAAGGGACGGGUCACUUCGUCGUGGACUGUAGCAGGGGAGGUGGGCUAAAGUUUCUGACCCAAAGGUUCCCCACCGCAGACUCAAAUUCUGUCUGGUUGGCAUAUGAGCCAACAAAAAAUGAAAAGUGAAGUCUUUUUCCGUUGGCCGCAGCUUGAGAUUAAAAGUUUUCUAUAGAGAAGACUACGUGGAUAGCUUUCUUUGAUAACAUUCAUGCCUUACGAAUCAAAUUCCAUUUGAUUGGAAUUGGAAUUGUUCAGCAGGAUUUGAACGAGAUAUGGUGCAUAAAAUAUAUAGUAAUACAGAAUUUUUAGACUGAUUUCAGCAUUAUUCCAGCAUAACUGCUUAGGAUAUUUUUCCUUUUUCAUUUGGCGCAAGGAAUAAGAACCAAUAAUGCAGAAAUGAAGAAUGGUUCAAAGUCUUUGGUCAAGUGAGCGAGUCUCAGAUAGACAACUACUACGUCGUUUGAUGCCAUAAAAGGUAGUGGGCGCCCCUAACCGAUCUUCCACGUGGCAAAGAUCGAAAGGCGAAGCUUCCCAACUUCAGUCGCUCCAGAAACCACUUGAAUUUGUCAUCCCUUUAGUCAGAACCGUCCAAACAUCGGCCCCACAUCUCCCCAUGUUGUAUCUUCCCAAGUAUGCCCUCGUUGCCCGUCUCUUCCCGGGCACUCCACCCACCUCUUCAUCCUUGCAACUCGUAUCCAAUCACAUUCUCUCUCUGCCCGCACAUCCGGGGCAGCUGUAAUAAAACACUCUCCUUUGUUCAGAGUCUCUCCAACAACAACUGUUUUCCACUUUCAGACAUACGCACACGACCGUAGACAAAAAGAAAAUCGUCAAUAAAGAAUAAAGAACAUAAAAAAUUAUAAAAAUUUUACUAUAAAUUGAACCAAACACACGCUAUAAAUUGCGGCGACGUGUUUGGACAGGACAAUCACUAAGAAAGUGAUUUUUUUGAGUCGUGUUCUUGAAUCCUAUUUCCUUUAGUAGUGGCUUCGGAUCUUGAAAUCUAGGUACGGAAUAAUGUGGAGUCAGGCGCGAUUUGCAGCGUCGAGACUUAGCCGAUCGAGGCGGUUGUUCUCGUCGGCGAUUCCUGGUCCUUGUAUUGUUCACAAGCGUGGUGCUGAUAUUCUUCAUGAUCCUUGGUUCAAUAAGGAUACUGGCUUUCCUUUGACAGAAAGAGAUCGACUUGGGCUCCGUGGUCUCCUUCCGCCACGCGUGAUAUCAUUUGAGCAGCAAUAUGCUCGUUUCAUGGAAUCAUAUCGAUCACUGGAGAAAAAUACUAAGGGUCAACCAGAUAGUAUUGCUGCAUUGGCAAAAUGGAGGAUCUUAAAUAGAUUGCAUGACAGGAAUGAAACACUAUACUACAGAGUCCUUAUUGACAACAUCAAAGAUUUUGCUCCAACAAUUUACACCCCGACUGUUGGACUAGUAUGUCAAAAUUACUCUGGGCUGUUUAGACGCCCACGUGGAAUGUAUUUUAGUGCAAAGGAUAAAGGAGAGAUGAUGUCUAUGAUAUAUAAUUGGCCAGCUCAACAGGUUGAUAUGAUAGUCCUGACUGAUGGCAGUCGUAUUCUUGGCCUUGGUGACCUUGGAGUUCAGGGGAUUGGAAUACCAAUUGGAAAACUUGAUAUGUAUGUUGCUGCUGCUGGUAUCAACCCACAAAGAAUACUCCCGGUUAUGCUAGAUGUUGGUACUAACAAUCAAAGGCUGCUUGAAGACCGGCUUUAUUUAGGAUUAAGACAACCUAGGUUAGAAGGGGAAGAAUAUCUAUCAAUUGUUGAUGAGUUCAUGGAAGCAGUUUUCACACGUUGGCCUAAGGCUAUUGUACAGUUUGAGGAUUUUCAAAUGAAAUGGGCCUUUGAAACUCUGGAACGCUAUCGUAAAAGGUUUUGCAUGUUUAAUGAUGACAUACAGGGAACUGCUGGAGUUGCACUUGCUGGAUUGUUAGGAACUGUAAGAGCACAAGGUCGAUCAUUGGCUGACUUUCCAAACCAAAAGAUAGUCGUGGUGGGAGCUGGAAGUGCAGGGCUUGGUGUUCUUAGCAUGGCUGUGCAAGCUGUUGCAAGGAUGACAGGAAAAGCCGAAACAGCUGCACGCAACUUUUUCCUACUUGAUAAAGAUGGUCUUGUCACUAAAGAGAGGAAGAAUCUUGAUCCAGCAGCAGCACCAUUUGCUAAAGAUCCAGGACAGAUAGUGGGACUUAGAGAGGGGGCUUCUCUACUUGAAGUGGUUAAAAAGGUCAAGCCUGAUGUGCUUCUUGGUUUGUCUGGAGUUGGUGGUGUGUUCAGUGAAGAGGUGCUCAAGGCCUUGCAUGAAUCUGAUUCAAGUAAACCUGCUAUUUUUGCGAUGUCAAAUCCCACCAUGAAUGCUGAAUGCACUGCUGCGGAUGCUUUUAAGCAUGCUGGAGAAAACAUAGUCUUCGCCAGUGGAAGCCCUUUUGAAAAUGUCAAUCUCGGUAAUGGCAAAGUGGGCCACGUAAAUCAAGCAAAUAACAUGUACCUGUUCCCAGGGAUUGGUUUGGGAGCUUCGAUCUCAGGUGCUCGUUUUAUAACUGAUGGAAUGUUGCAAGCUGCUGCUGAAUGCCUUGCAUCUUAUAUGACCGACGAAGAAAUCCAAAAGGGCAUCUUGUAUCCAUCUAUCGAUAGUAUUCGACAUAUCACAGCUGAGGUUGGGGCAUCUGUUGUGCGAGCUGCUGUUGCAGAGGAAUUGGCUGAAGGGCAUGGUGACGUGGGUCCCAAAGAACUGGCGCAUAUGUCAAAACCUUGACCAGUUCUCCUCGGCCAUCACCAAAUAUUCUCAUCGGUUAGUCUUCUGCUUAGUUCCCAAUUCAGGCUUGCUUACUUUGUCACUCAUUCAUCAGAAUCCAGCGAGACAAAAGAAUAAAAGGUAUGGCGUAAGU